AUACUAACUUUUCACCUUAGUGUGUUAGUGUAUAGCUUCUGCUGUUCUUCGCAAAUCGCAGUGUUGCGUUUUCAAGCUCACUCCUUUCAGCUCCAAUGGACUACUUGAAAUCCGUGGUGCCCUCAAGCCUCUUCUCAGAACGAGGCUCCAACCUCGUGGUCAUCAACCCAGGUUCUGCAAAUAUCAGAAUAGGCCUUGCUUCACAGAACACCCCACUUGAAUUCCCUCACUGCAUUGCGAGGUAUUCUACCCAAGUUCCCAAGAUCAAUGUUCAAGACCAGAUGCUCAGUACUCAAGUUACUCCUGCACAGUACAUGGAGCGCGAAAAGGCGUAUGAUACAAUUGCCACCGCCUUGGGGAUACCGUUUCUUGGUGAAGAGGUUGCUAAGAAUUCUUUCCCACGCAAGAUGGGACGUAUUGAUGGAAACAAUCCACAGAAUAGUAGAAAGGAAGCAGCAUUUGACUGGACAGAUGUGUAUGGAAAGGACUCUAAUUCAUCUCCAGCAGUAGAAAGUUCAGAGAAUAGAGCCACAAAGAAAGAGCCCAUGGACCCUGACCAGCAUGAAGAUGAAAAUGAUGAGGAGCUCAGUCCUAGUAAACACCAAUACAGAGAGUUCAUUUUUGGUGAGGAAGCACUAAAAAUAUCUCCCAAGGAGCCAUAUACAUUACGUCGUCCUAUUUGCAGAGGCCAUCUAAAUAUAUCGCAACAUUAUCCCAUGCAGCAGGCAUUUGAGGAUGUGCUUGCUAUUUGGGACUUCAUUUUGACGGAGAAGUUGCACAUCCCUUUAACUGAAAGAAACAUGUAUUCUGCUCUUCUUGUCCUCCCAGAAUCAUUUGAUAGUCGAGAAAUAAAGGAAUUAUUGUCUAUAGUCUUGCGAGACUUGCAUUUCAGCUCCGCAGUGGUUCACCAGGAGGGUCUAGCUGCAGCUUUUGGGAAUGGGUUCUCAACUGGAUGUAUUGUUAGCAUGGGUGCUCAGGUGACUUCAGUUAUUUGCAUUGAGGAUGGAGUAGCUUUACCUACCACACAGAAGACCUUACCAUUUGGUGGAGAGGAUAUAUCAAGAUGCCUUCUUUGGACUCAGAGACAUCAUCAGACGUGGCCGCAAAUUCGUACUGACUUGUACACAAAGCCUAUUGAUCUCUUGAUGCUUAACAGACUAAAAGAAUCUUAUUGUGAGAUUAAAGAGGGGAAAGUUGAAGCUGUUGCUGUAGUACAUUCUUAUGAAGAUGGCAUGCCAGCUGGAUCUCAUAAGACAAGCCUAACUGCUCUUAAUGUCCCUCCAAUGGGUUUGUUCCAUCCAACACUUUUGGUUCCAGAAGCAUAUCCACCACCACCUAGAGUUUGGUUUCUCGACUAUGAGGACAUGCUGGAAGAUACAUGGCACAUGGAAUAUCAAAGAAGACCUGAAAUGUCAGAUGGACUGUAUCCCAGCAUGAAUGUUGGGUAUCCAAUGUGGGACAACUACCCAGUUUUUGCAGCUAAACCAAAGAAAGAAGAGAAGCUAGGCCUUGCAGAAGCCAUAACAAGGAGCAUUCUUUCAACAGGACGUUUAGACCUCCAAAGAAAGUUGUUUUCCAGUAUACAAUUGAUUGGAGGAGUGGCUUUGACAAGGGGUCUUGUUCCUGCAAUGGAGGAGAGGGUUUUACUUGCAAUUCCUUCCACUGAAGCAAUUGAUAGGGUUGAGGUCUUACAAUCAAGAGGCAAUCCAGCUUUUGUACCAUGGAAAGGUGGAGCGAUCCUUGGGAUUCUUGACUUUGCUCGAGAUGGGUGGAUACGUCGUGAUGAGUGGAUUCAAAAUGGAGUUCGCGUAGGAAAGGGCAAAAAGUACAAGGACUCCCAAUUCCUUCAGGCACAGGCGAUGUAUUACAUUAAUUCAUAAAACUGAGAGCAACUGCCUUUGAACAAAAUUGAAGGUUGCAAGGUGCUAUCGACAACUUCCAAAUGAUGUAAAUGUUGGUCAGGACGUGGCACUGCUCCUUCAUCCACCAAGCUAGACAGCCAGUAGCAAUAUAGUCAAAAUCCUUGGUUGUUAUCUGUACUUGAGAGAUUUAAAAGUCCCUCAUUUGUACAUUAUGUCAAUGGGAGGUUCUUAUUUAGCUUAGCUAGGCACUUCAGAUGUUUGGCUUGUUGAGUUUCCGGAAUUAGGUCAAAAAUCAAGUUCGAUCUUUACCUGCCCAAUUCUAUUUUAUGCUGUUAUAGAUCAACAUGUAUGUAUACAGUCUUUUUAAUUUCUAUCCUAUGAUGCGUCUGAAGCUCAUUGCGGCUGUCCAAACUCCAAACUGAUCUUGAAGGA